AUGUAUGGACUUACGACUCUGGCCAACUUCUCCCAACCUCACUUGUCACCACCACCCUCACCAUCUGGGUCCCACCUUGUGCUGUCUAGCGCAUACCAGGACCCAGUUCAUAUCCCACUCCCGGAUUCACCAGACAGAGACCUUUGCAACCCUUUGAUGAUUGCCGAAUCUCAUGGAUACAUGCCUGCUAUCAAAGCUGGCGGCGCGCAUCACAAGACUGUGACCAAAGCUACCAAAGGCAAGGGUAAGGAUAAGGAGAAUACUAACAUGAAUGGAGGUGACUGCCCUCAAAAGCAUGCACGUGCCCUCGAGGAUGAUGAAGAUGAUCCGAGGGCCAAACGUGGCCGCCCACACAGUUCCAACAAUUACAGCUCAGCGGACGUCAAGGCCCUCCUGGACUUUGUCGAAGACGAGCUGCCUCUGGGCCAGAAAGGGUGGCAAGCGAUCCACUUGAAGUUCACGCAGUGGGCAAGCCGCAACGAACACCCUCACCGUAAAGCCCAGUCACUCGAAACCAAAUUCAAACAAUUCGUGAAGACUAUGAAGCCCACUGGUGACGGAGUGUGUCCUCCUGAUGUGACUCGAGCCCAUGAGCUUGAUGCGCGCAUCAACGAGCGUGCUGGCACACACGAUCUCAACAACUCGGACUAUGACACCUAG